AUGCCUAACCUUGCUGCUGUGGCUACGUAUAUCACUGAUCUGACUAAAGGUGUUGGUCCCAAGAAUAGAAAGAUUGAUUGGUCAGAUGAUUGUCAAAAGACAUUUGAUACCGUCAAGUCUCUGAUUACUUCUGCUCCUGUGUUGCUAAUGCCUGAUAGGUGUCGUUCUUUCCGCAUUGAGUGUGAUGCUAGUGAUUAUGCGGUAGGCACUGUCUUGUUACAACGGUAUCCUAAGUAUGACGAUGUAUGGAAACCUGUUGCUUUUAUAUCCAAGAAGCUGUCUGAUGCUGAAAGAAAUUAUCCCACUCAAGAACGCGAAUUGCUGGCUAUCUUGUUUGCGUGUAAAAAUUGGCGUUGUUUUGCAAAAGGGUCUGGUCAUAAAGUGUUUACCAACCAUCGUCCUUCACAAUAUUACAAGUCGUCAAGCAAGGUCUCUCCUCGUUUUUUGGUUCGCUGGAUGCAAGAUUUUGAGAUGUAUCAGCCGUUUUUGGUCUACAAGACGGGUGUUAAUAAUGUCGUUCCUAAUGCUUUGAGUCGUCGUGAAGGUCCUGAUUGUGAUCCUGAUCCUGUGUCCAUGGAACCUGAGUUCCUGUAUGAAAUGUCUACUGCUAUUCUGAGUAAGGUGUGGCAACCCUCUGAUACGUCGUUGCUGACUGGUCCUUGUCAAGAUUGGCCAAUAUUUUUCAAGGAAAAGAAGAAAGGCUGGCCGGGCAAGUGGCGUGCUCAACUGGAGAAGGAGGAGGCCAACUUUGAAGUGAUUGACAAUGUGCUGUAUCGACUGAACCAUGAUGCCACCGGUAGAGAGGUUUUGAAACUGAAAUUCAUUACUUUUGCUCGUCGUGCUGAUCUCAUUGAAGAUUUUCAUCGUGGUUUUGGUCAUUCGGGUCAGCUCACUUGUCAACUACUAUCUCGCAAUAAAAAAGGUGUUCAUCAUGCUCCGAUGAAAUCUCUUGAGGCUCCUGCUUCUUUUGCUCGUUGGCACAUUGAUUUUAUUCGAGAAUUGUCCACUUCAAGUAAUGAAAAUUGUUGGAUUUUGAUGACUGUGAAUUAUGCUAUUAACUGGCCAAUUGCUCGUGCUCUCAAGUCUGCUACUGCUGAUGAAAUUGUCAGGUUCCUUUAUGAAGAGAUUGGGAUGAAGUUUGGGUGUCCUGUUGAAGUUGCCAGUGAUGGUGGUGCCAAUUUUUUAAACAAGAUUCUCAAGUGA